GUAUCGCCUGUUGCCUUUCGCAGCGUAUAGAACCAAAGAACGACGUGCCUACUGCCGUAUCGAAACAGAAGUCGCACAUUGCGUUAAAUAUUUCCAAUAUUCAAUUCUGCUCAACAACAAAAUGUACACUUAGAAGGAGCAGGUUAAAUGAUUUUCAUCUUCCGAAAUUCUCAAUGAUACAAUCACUGUAUUUUGGGAACUUUCAAUUUGAUACUCGCUCGUUGACAACUCGUGAGCCCUCGACAUUGUUGUUAUACACUCAAUUUGUUUGUUAAGUUGAAAUAGAACGGUUGAAUAGUACUGUAUAUUAACUGAGAAAUUCGAACAAACAUUAUUGAUACAAAGAGAAAGAUGGCUAGGACAAAAGCUGGAAAAAAAAUAGUGAGCGCGUUAUGGAAACGGAGCAAUUCGUUGGGACGUCCGAUUGGAAGGUCCGCAAAACCGACGGAGAAAAGGAAAAAGAAAAAACAAGCAUUGGAUAGCAAUGGAGAUUCUUCCAACUCAACUCCGGAUACUUCUCCAAAAUCAGAAAAUCCUGACACAUCUCAAAAUGCAGCCUCACCGAUAGUAGCCAGUUCUCCUUCCGUUGUGACAGUUCCUAGCGAUCGGUCUUCCUCGAGUCCUAAAACUCUCAUUGGCUCUGCCCCAUCCUCGUCGCAGAUUAACGGAACGCUCGAUAAUAACUUGCCGAUGACGAGAAAUGCCAGCGUCCUAUUCCACAGCCUCUGCUAUUCCGAAGAUGUUUUAUCAUCUCUUCCCAACCGCACAUGGGCCAUACACUGCACAGAUACCCCAGCGAAACGCAUAGUUGUUAGUGCCGUGUCAAUGCACGAAUCUCAGGAGACAGGACUUGCUCCUUAUUACGUUAAACAGAUAAUAUUUGAUGAGAGGUUAAACUUUGAAAUUCUACUGGUGAAUUCCCGGAUAGUAUUAAAGGACAAACCGUCGUGUAUAUCGACGAUGGACGAGUUCGAAGACUUGCUGGAUUAUGUGGACGGUCUGAAGGUUUGCGGAGGUGGACCCUCGGUCAGUCAGUAUAGCCGAGUGAAUCCGGAGUGUGCUUACAGAGAUGGGAUGAACAAUUGGAGGCACAAUUUAUGUAGUAUCGAAAUAUCGAACGGAGAAGUUUGCGAAUCGUGUAACUCGUUGGACGAGAUAUUACGUAGGUAUGCUCAACGGACGAGAAUAACGAUGAAAUCAGCGAGCAAGCGAAAGCGAUGAAAGAAUUUAGAUUCAUCGAAGUUCGAUGAAAAGAGAGUGAAAAAGCAACAAAAACACGAUAACGAUGUUCCUUAGUGUGGUAAUCGCCCUAGUCCGUAAUAACGUUGAAAUACUGUUGAAGUGAUCAAUAUAUUUUGUUAACAAUUGCGCUCGUUUCGGUUUUUCUUCCGCGUCUUCGACCGUCCGAAAACUCGAAACUAAUUCUAAUCAUAGAUUUUUUUUUAAUAUUUCGACGUCAUCCAAGGGCUCGUGUUUAAAAAAGUGUUGGCCAACUGUCGGUGCUAUCGAUGCCUAGCGUCGAAACUCGGAUAAUAUUUGUUACGAAAGUUUAACGAAUAAACCCAAUUACUCAAAGACUAUAAACUAUAAUGAGUCUGUGAAUAAACAAAUUUCAACAAA